AUGGAGCCUACCAGCUGGCAGGUAGUGCUCGGCUCGGUUUUUGUCCUUGCAUACAUAUUUUUGAUUAUACAGAGAGAUCUAGUCAUACGAAGAGUGCAGUACACAGUUCCCCGAGUUCCGUAUGAACGAUGCGACGGUUCUAAGACCGUAGAAUUCUUCAAAUUCAGCAAGGAUAUUGCAGAAAAUCUGCCCGCUGAGUUCAUCUCCAAAGUAAAAGAACGCUUCGCAGCACGUCUUGCCUUGUUGAAAAAAGAAUGCUUCCACAAAAAGCAAGAGCCAAUUUUUCCCACGUUCGCAGAGUUCAACAGAAAAUUCCCAAAGUGGUACGAAUUUCGCGGCGCCCGAUUUACUGACGCGAUUUCGCGGGAUCCGGCAGUAUUCGGAUGCGCCGCGCUCAAGUCAGCGAGUGGUGUUUUACGAACCGUGGUGAUGAAUUGGGCUGGCGAAGAGUUUCACUCGCAAACGUACUUAGAUCACCUAAGAACAUUUACAAACGAAGAUCUUUCUUCAAUCCUCUCUUCCGAAAAUGCUCUCCGAAUUCUGUUCGUUCGGAAUCCGAUGAGUCGGUUUUGCACCGCUUGGGGUCAGAAAUUCAAAGUCGGGGGCGAGUAUCAACUGCACCGGGAAGAGUGGCUCAAGAAUUGGCCAUAUUUGGAGCGCUACGAAAAAGAGAAUACUGCCAAUGUGAUCGGUUUUGACGACUUUGUGGAUUUUUUCAAAACUCGACUCCUGGCUCUUUCAACUCUCAUUGGAAUACCAUCCAAGACUCGUGCGACAUUUGCCGAUUCCCGUACCAGUAUAUCGUCAAAGAAGAAACUCUCGACGCUGAUCUUUUAG